CCACCACCGUGCGCACACCGUCCACCCGUCGAUCCAUUCGAAAACGCCCCGAAAAUACACGAGUCCCCAUACCCACACCGCACAGCGCCGCCGCCGCACUAGCCGUUGCCUCGCGCGGCGCAGGCGCUGGCGAGCAGCGAAGAGGGCGGAUCCCGAGGCCCGGCCGCGAGGCAGAAGGAGGAGAAGGAGGGGGAGGAGACCAGAGAUGGCGUCGAGGACUGCGUCCAAGGACAUCAUCACGCUGCGGGGCUCCGCCGCCAUCGUCAGCGAGUUCUUCAGUUACGCGGCGAACAGCAUCCUGUACAACCGCGGGGUGUACCCGGAGGAGAGCUUCAACAAGGUGAAGAAGUACGGGCUCACCAUGUUGCUCACGCAGGACGAGGGGGUCAAGGCCUUCAUCGCCGGCCUCACUUCCCAGCUCUCAGAGUGGCUGGAGGCCGGGAAACUGCAGCGGAUAGUGCUGGUGAUCAUGAGCAAGGCCACCUCCGAGGUGCUCGAGCGGUGGAACUUCAACAUCGAGACCGACGCCGAGGUCGUCGAGAAGGAGGCGAUCAAGGAGAAGAGCGACAAGGAGAUCAUGAGGGAGAUCCAGGCCAUCAUGCGCCAGGUCGCGUCCUGCAUCACCUACCUCCCCUGCCUCGAGGAGCCAUGCGUGUUCGACGUGCUGGCCUACACCGACACGGACGUCGACGCGCCCGGCACCUGGGUCGAGAGCGACGCCAAGCUCAUCAGCAACCCGCAGAUGGUGAAGCUGCAUUCGUUCGACACCAAGAUUCACAAGGUGGACACGCUGGUCUCGUACAAGAAGGACGAGUGGGAUGAAGACGAGUGAAGGUUCAGGAGCACGAUGACCCUGCCAUAGCUAGCUUGGCGUGAAGGUUGUGUGAAUCGUUCAUUCACGUCUAGGCGCGUACUAUACUAGUCCACUCUACUACUACUACUUCGGAGGAAUCUACUGCUUUGGGUAGAAAGAGAAGUGAGAAGUUUGUGAUGCUUCUGCCAUUCUUGUGUGUUCCCUGAAAUCUAUGAGCCUCUGAAAGCAUGUAAUCCGGGGCUGAAACUCCCCCUAUAGUGAAUGCAAAACUUUUGUCAUCUUUUGUGUGCUGUUCGAUCACAUAUCACCUGUGUCUGAUCGGCGUUUGUUGGUGAGAUA